AUGGGAGUAUUAUACUUUCUAAUUUGGGAUUGGUUUGUAGCUAUUGGAGGAAGUUGUCGUAUCCUGCCUGAGCCCUGUGCUGUACUGGGGCAUCAAACUCAAAUCCAGCCGCCACAACACGUCGACAAGUGGAACCGACACGACCAGAAAUUUCUUGAAGCUGUAGAAAAGGGCGACACCAAGAAAAUCUCUUCCCUCCUGUCUAAGAAGCAGAUCAGAGCGACCAAGACCGGGCCCAGCGGACAGUCAGCGUUCCAUCUUGCUGCCUCCCGGGGACUUGCAGACUGUGUCAGCGUCAUCUUAUCCCAUAAGGUGGAGAUCAAUGCCAAGACUGAUGAUGGUUAUACCGCCCUGCACCUGGCAGCUAGUAACUGUCACCCGGACUGCGUGAAGCUUCUGCUGCAGCACGGAGCCCAUGAAGACUCAAUAGACUUCCACAGCAGAACGCCGUUACACUGUGCUGCCACCUCAGGGUGCGUCUCCAGCGUGCUCCACCUCUGUGACGCAGAAGACACUGUUUUAGAUGCUGCGGAUGAUGACGGACGGACACCACUUAUUAUUGCCGCCCACCGUAACCAUCCCACUGUUUGCUCUUUGCUGCUGGACCGCGGGGCUCAGGUGGACCUCUUCGACAAGGAAAAUAAGACAGCGCUGCUACUGGCCUGUGAAAAGGGCAACAUCCAGGCAGCGGAGACUCUUAUCACCAAAGGAGCAGAUCCGACAGUGCGUGAUAGCAAAGGCUGCGAUGCUCUGCAUUACACCAGUCUGUCCAGGGACGACGGUCUACGGAAACUGGUCCAAGCUGCCCUUGACCGAAGGAAAAAUAAUGAAACAUACACUCGAAAUCAUGACUAUCCUGCCGAUUCCAAGGCCGUCCCUCAGACCCCCAGCAGAGAACAGGAGCUGGUCAACCUGUGGAAGAAAAGGUAUGAGGAGGAGCACAAGCGUGGUGUGUGGCUUCAAGGAGAGGUGAUGAUGAAGACCCAAGACCUUGAAAGGAUAACUGAGGAACAUAGGCUUGAGUUCAACCAAAUCAGAGAAUUGGCUGGCUCACUAGGUUGUCUACUCCAGGGUGAUGGUGGAGAAAUCAGACCCAAAACAGAAAAUUACCCUAUUUCCGACACUUCUGAUUUGUUGACACGACUUGUUGAGCAGGUUAGGUCCUUCAAAGACGAACAGCUUAAAGGCCGCAACCGUCUAGAAGAAACUACCAAAGACCUUAACGCCGACUCUACUAAGACUGGAAUGAUGGAAGAAUUACACCAAGAAGAGAUAAAACGUCUUCAAGGUGAAGCUGCUGCGGCACAUGAUAGGGAAGAAAGUGCCCGAAGGAGAGUGGCAGAGUUGGAGGGUCACCUAGAGAACAUGCGGGAAGUAUUGUCACAGCUCGAGAAGAGGAAGCGGGUACAGAGCACAGUGGUAGAAGAUCUGCAGGAACAGAUCUCAGAGAUCACAUGUGAGAAGGAAGAGCUCCUGGUUCUGCUGCACAAACUGCAGGAGAAAGGUGUAAACGGGGACAAUGUCCACUCCUCAAAGAGACUUGAACAUGGGAAAUCGUUCCCUGACAACAAUAUACUCAGUAACUUUAUUACAAAAUUGAAAAGUAAUUGUAUUUAUGUAGACAUAAAACAGGGCAGUGGAAUAUCCCAAGGAUGCUCCGGGUACGUGCCAAGAGAUGUCCUGGAAAAAAGUGUCAGUGAUUGGAAGUCAUCAAUUGCAGGUCUAGAGAAGUAUUUGGCGGAUGUUGAGAGACUCCAGAAGAGCGUAGUCUCUGGCAUUGCAGAGAGGGCAGACUCCGUACCAAUGAACGGUGCCACAGAUGAAGAAAACAAGGGGCACCAGCUAAACAGAAAUGCCAAUGACUACAAACACGUAGAAUCUAGCAUAGCUUGCUUACAAGCUGAUGAAAUACACCAAAGUAAAAACAGUAUAACCCAAAUGGAGAGUGGAUCACCCCGGGCCAGCCAUGUCACCGACUCCUUAAAGCUGAAGAUCACAGAAUUAGAAGCAGAGUUGUCAUCUCUUCAGGGAACUCACGACAAUCUCCUCACCCGUAUGAACCAUGUUGUGCAAGAAAAGCAGAAUUUGGAAGAAGGUCUCCUUGCCCUACAAGACAGCAUGCAGUCAGAAUUCGCUAUGAGACAAGAAGCUGAAAAACGAUGUAAGGAGUACAAACACCAGAUCUUAGUUUUGUCAGAUGAGCUGCUGGCAGAACAAGACAAGCUCAAGAAGGUGAACUCCAGACUGGAAGCUCAGCAGAAUGAAAUGGUCGUGCUACGGGACAGUUUCCCUCCAGAGAUCAUUCGGGAAGAAACUAGCAGAUCCGUAGAGAUGUUCAGCUCAGACAUCUUGGAGGAAUUGUACUGGAACAUUGGAACCCUUGUAAAGAAAUACAACAAUGCCUCGCAGGAGGCUGCUGCUUUUCAGAAGGAAAACCUAAAACUUCUGGAUGACCAGGUGCAGACGAUAUCGAUGACUGAACACAAAAACAUUCUCAAUGAGAUCAAGAACCAAUUACAGUCUAAGACCAGGGAAUCGGAGGAUCUAAAACAGAGGUUGUUUCAAACAAUGGGUAGUGUGGUGGAACUUAAAGAACAGUUGGCAGUUCAGACUUCCAGCUCUAUUCCUAAACAAGAGUUUGAGGCUCGCUUGGUGGACCUGGAAAGAAUAGUUACAGCUUUGAAGGAGGAGAACGAGGCUUGUAAAGUGGCUCUGGAGGGGAAAUGUGAAGAAGUUAUAGUCCUCAAGCAACAACUGGAACAAGAGUCUGAAGAGGGACAGACUUUACGGCUUAAGGAAGCAAGUAUGGUCCAGAAUAUUGAGAAAGUCAGGGCUGGUCUCGAGGUCCAGAUUCAGGAUUUAACAGAGGAAGUACAGGGGCUUUCUGAGAAAUAUACUCAGGUGUCAAAGGAAGCUGAGGGCUGCAAAGAGAUGCUUUCAUCUGAGAAGGAGAAGGUGUUACUUCUAGAGGGGAGAAUGCGUGAGCUCACAAAAGAAUCAGACGGACUGAGGAUCCUAUCCCAGAAAUGUGAAGAAGAAAAUCGCCACCUUAAUGAGAAGUAUGAACACCUCUUCAAAACUUCCCAGGAGAAACAGGAGAAGAUGAUGGAAUCCAUGACGAAGGUGGAGUCCUUGACCAAAGACGUCGGCCGGCAACAGAAGCAAUGUGAGGAGCUGGCCAGACGACUGGAGGACACCAACAAACGUCACGAGGAAAUAAUCUCCAUUUACAGGACUCACCUCCUCAAUGCUGCUCAGGGCUACAUGGAUGAAGACGUCCACUUCACCUUACAUUGGAUCCUGAAGAUGCAGAAUGAGAGGGUUUACUAACCAAAGAAAAAAAAGCACAACAUUUGGUGCCAACUUCUGAAGGUGCUGACGAGCCAAAGUGCCACCAAACCGGACACAGACCAAUGACUUCCUGGAGGCUGCCAUUUUCAUCUCCGAUUCCUGAUUCUACGUGCCUUAUAGAGCGUCUUUAUUAUCUCUAAGCUGUGAUGAGGUGCCAAGAGGUUCUUGUACAGCCUCCAGACAUUAGAAGUUUAUUAUAAUGACGCAGUUUUAUACCAGUUUUCUUUGUUUUAUACCAUGUUUCCUUUGUUUAUGUAUUUAAUACGGUUAUAACUCAAGGAUCGGUUCAUUAAAAAUGAACAAAAACCUUC